AGAUUGAAGCCUUAAUGUGCUAAAGCAACUAAAAGAAAUGGCUUCCAAUCGAGUACUCUACUUCAUUGUUUUCAGUUCUUCUCUGUUCUUGUUUAUUUCUUUAUGUGCUGCUGCUGCUGCUAGCAUUGAGCCAUCUCCGACUUUUCUUUCCAAGAAAGUUGUUACACAGAAAGUUGCUUUGUCUUUGUACUAUGAAUCCCUGUGUCCGUAUUGCCAGAAUUUCAUUGUGAAACCUUUAGCAGAGGCCGUCAAGAGUGACCUCAUGACCAUCGUUGAUCUGCAACUCUUCCCUUGGGGCAAUGCUGUCUUACAGCCCAACAACACCGUUGUUUGCCAGCAUGGGGAAGACGAAUGCUACUUGAAUACCAUUCACGCCUGUGCCAUCAAUCUCUGGCCUGAUGUGAUGAAGCAUUUCAACUUAGUCAAGUGCAUUGAAGAGCAACAACAUCCAGGCAUCACCCGAGUUUCGGCAGAAGAAUCCUGGCAAGUAUGUGCUGAGAAGUUGAAGUUGCCAAGUCAGCGCAUUAAAGAUUGCUAUGACACUGGCCUUGGAGGACAGCUUCUACUGCAAUUCGGCAACAAAACAAACCACCUCAAACCUCCUCAUCAAUACGUACCUUGGGUGGUUGUGAAUGGAACACCUCUGCUCGUUGAAUACGAGAAUUUUGUGUAUUAUGUCUGCAAAGCAUACAGAGGGAAAUUAUUACCAAAGGCUUGCAGUUCACAUCACAUAAGCUCAAAUUCCAAGGAAAAAGAGGCCUGCAGUUCCCAUUACAUAAGCUCAAAUUCCAAGGAGAAGUUGACAGAGUCAGCCGCACCCCAGGGUCCAGCCACCCUGGAGAUUAACGCAGAUCCUCCAAAAUGAUUUUUUUUUUUUUAAUAGGACCAGCACGUCCUUUAACUACAUCAAUGAUUAACUGGCUCAUUUCUGUGUAAUUAGCUUUCUGUUGCUCUGCUUUUUGAUGCAAAAGGACCGCCCCUUGUUACUGUUGCUAGCUAGUUCAUGCAGCUCAUGUGUUGUAAUUGAAGUUCUGCCAGUAAUAAUAUUGAAAAUCGGGUUGCUGGGCA